GUUGUUGACCUCCCCGCAAGAUCUCAAUUGCGGCACCUUCGCCAUGGACCACGACUCCCACAACGGCCGGAGACCUACGCGCCAAGAUGUGGAGAGAUACUGCGGAUAUCUAAACAUGACCAAAAACCUUUUCUACCACAAACUCGAAACGACGUACUUGGACAACACAGAAAACCAAAUGAACCAUUUGACCGAGCUUUUCAGCUGUGAGAAAGAAAUCAACGCUACAAUUGCUCAAGAAAAGUACGAAGACGCAAACGAUUUGGCCCUGCUUGUCUGCUUCAAGAAAAGAAUGGAAGUUGGAAUUGCUCGAAAGUACAAAAUCUUGGAGAGCCUCAAGAUCCAGUUCUUCAAUGACAUAAUUGCCCUUUACGAAAAGACUCGGAACCAUCCACUGGACAUCUCCGCCUUUCUAACUCAAAAUCACCGCGAGGAGAAAGAGAUCGCCUUGGUCGCCGAAUCCGCUCUAGCCGCACUCCAGCCCAGCAAUGCCGAGGUUGUCGAGUCCGUUGAUGCGCCAAUCACUAGAGCAAACCUCACUCUCAAACACGACGGAAAAGUCUACACAUAUCCUGAGUGUAUGGAAGGCGUCCCUGUCGAGAAGAUUCACCGGGAGCAUCCCUACUUAAAAUCGGCCUGGACAGAUAUUGCGACCAGAAUCAAGUCAGAACUGGAUGUGUGGCGCGAGCAACUUGACUCCAAGAAAUCGACCAAAGAACCAUACAAAGAAUCCUCUCUUGCGCGAAAGGUGAACCAAGGAGAGGCCAUCCUGAAGUUCUUGGAGGAAGCCGACUUUUACCCAUAUCAGCUCGUGGCGAAGAAGUACAUGACGAUUCAGCUAGCUACUCAUAGCACCAUUUACCGUCUGGCCCACAUCUUGCAGACCCUGAAGGGCUUCAAGACGCUCGACAUCACCCCAUUGGAGUGGCUUCGACAGCGCCUGCAACAGAUCAUCACCAAGGAAGGGUCCCGCUUCAAUCUCGCCAAGACCAUUCGCAACAUUCAUCGUGAUCCCAAGUAUGUUACUCUGCGAGAAUCCAACGGCAGGAACACCAUGGAUCGGUCGAAAAUCAAGAACCCGGAUCAUCCGCGGAAGCGCAAAGACACAACCAAUGACCCGAAUCCGAGGAAGCGCCAGAUGACACAGGCUUCUGUCCAGCAUAAAAUCGACCCUCCAAGGAAAAGAAAGGCAGUAGAGACUGAGCAAAGCACCAAGUUCGCCAAUAUUCCAAGCACCCAGAAGGCCCAAGUUAAGGCUGACGAAAUAGAGGAUAUCACAGCUGAGUCCAACGACUCUUAUUGCCCUAUUGCAGCUGAAGAUUGUAUAGUGGUGGCAUUUGGACCUUCGCAAUAGUUAAUUGAACAGAGUAGUGUUGGUGGUAAUAUCCUCAUUUUGGGUGCCUAGGUGUGGAACCUUGACUCACUUGUUCCAAGGCUUGUUAAGAUCGGUGCCGCCCAAGACAUCACGAAACCAUCUUCGUUCGAUUCUGGUGGCGUUGGAUCCGUCUCCGGAUUUCUCAACUUUUCUUAAGGCUUCCGAUUCGAUUUGAUAAAUGAGCGACUUGUCAGGCGGAAGCUGGGCCUAACGAUGCAAUUACUAUUGAAGCCCCGUUGGAAUUUGUGGUUGAUGUGAAAGAAGAAUCGAUACAACACUAGUAUUCCAAAUGCUCCCCCCCUUUAUCGUUCAGAUCCUAUCCAUGCUCCGUGCUGGGCGGUAUAUGGUCAGGUACCACGACGACCAAGCUCGCAUGGACAGGCCGUUGCCUGCCGGAGGGAACGCCACCGAAACAAUACCAGGACCAGGACCAAGACCUGACUGGGUAUAGGUACUGACGGCGUGGUCCUGCGACCCUGGUCGAGAUGGGCAAUCCCAUCAUCCCAUGUCCUCUUCUAGUUCCUCCUCGUCGACGGCUUGCUGGUGCGAACAUCGACAGUACGGCUUGCUGGUGCGUACAUCGACAGUACGGCUGUACCAUGAUCAUCCUCUCUCCCAUACCAUCCAUGCCCAUGCCUGCAGCUCUGGGCUAGUUUAGGUUUAGUUCGUUCCGUCAAAAUCGUUAUCCUUUCCCUCAAUCAGCAAUAGUCUCGUUCCCAGAUAUACGACAAGGCAUUAAGAAUCCGCGAGCUGUGCGCUCCUUCUUUUUGUUCCAGUUCACCUCGUAAACGCACCAGGAUCCGAUUCACCAACAAGACUUUGUAGUCGGAGCUCUUAUUGUCCAAGGCUGGCUCGUGUCAGUUUCAGUGUGCUCAAAUCACCGUCUUGGUUUGUCCAGUUUGGCCCUCCGCCGGUUCCUUCUCCCACUAUGUAUGAAAGCAACUGUCACCGCGUGUCUGAUGUAAUCAUAAUGUUAUCCGCUGCUUGGCCCCCAGGCUGGGAACCAAGAGGCCCAACAGAUCGACCUACAAAGACCUUCGGAAAACUUAAAUUGUCUGGCCUUACACAGAUAGAGCCUGUCCGCGGGAUUCGAGAACGGUCUCCAGCGAUCCGUCGCUCGUCUUUGAGGCCUGGCUCGAGACGUAGUUGUUCUGGAUGGGGAUACAAUGCUACUUCUCACUGUACCUCCAUUCUAGACUAACAUACGCUUCUAAUCGCCCAUGUCCUACGUGUUUUGCUCACGACGCAGGGAGAUCCACGGGACUGGGUAUGUUUAUGAAUGGUUACUCCGCUGGACCAGGUGAUGCAGUUCCCUGUAGGGCGGAAGUCGGCAUAAGAAACUCUAAGAAUUGGUGCACGCAUACCAUCUGGUUUGGGACCGUGGAAGAAUACCAACCUAGCGGCUGGCAUCUGCGCAUAGCGGCCAGUUUUGUUGGGUGGCUGCGUUCUGUGAGGAUGUUCACCUUCCAUGCGUCCCUGCCUAAAUCAGGACCGCAACUCUCCGAGUCAGCAAAACACCAAGAGAUGGAGUGUUCACUGAAGUGGGAGAUGAAACGUAACCUUGUUGAGGCCGUCGCUUGUUGGUGUUGGCCAAUCGCGGGCUAGCCGGCGACUCGAGAACGAAUGUGCCCCGCUGUAUGGUCGUGGAAGGUGCCAACCGACAAGAUAGGCAGCAGGCAU